AUGCGCGGCUCAAGAGUCCUCCUCCGGACGGCCAGUUCCUCUCGAGAUAUCGUACGCAGCAGUCCUCUAGGCCUCAACCUCCCGUCACGAUGUCUUUCGGUCGAUAGCAGGGCGCCUUUAGUAGGCCCCGCGGUUUUUGGCAGGCGGUAUCAUGUAGCUCCGUCGCCAGCGUUUGGUGGAAGCAGGCUUCACAGUUGCGGAAUUUUCAGCUCUGCCUCUCGUUCAGAUAUCCUCGGAAAGCUUCCCCGAAACGCCGUGUUCCCCCAAUACUCGAAUCUCGUAUACAGACAGCUCCGUUUUGCUACCGUGAAGAGCUCUCCGGGCGAGAAGGAGCCAUUCUCGCAAGUCCCACCUCCGGCGGCGAAGGAGAUCGCUCAAGUGGAAGAAAUAAGCCAGGCGUUCGAACGGUCAGAAAGAGCAUCCCAGGCUGCUCAGAUAAACCUGAGUGCGAGACUUGCAAAAGAUGGGCUGGCCUCGGGGAAAAAAUCUGGUCUUCGGGAGAUAUGGAGGCUGAUCACAAUUGCACGUCCGGAGGCAAAGGUCCUGUCCGUUGCAUUUUUGUUCCUCCUCAUCUCCUCGUCGGUAGCCAUGUCGAUACCCUUCUCCAUCGGUAAAAUCCUUGAUAUUGCAACCAGCUCCAACCCCAAUGCUUUGAACGAAUUCCUGGGGAUUAGUCUUCCUGUCUUUUACACGGCACUGGGAGGGAUCAUUCUGCUAGGAGCGGCCGCGAACUAUGGAAGGAUCAUCAUUCUGCGAAUUGUUGGUGAACGAAUUGUUGCCAGACUUCGAGCCAAACUCUUCAGAAACACCUUUGUUCAGGAUGCCGAAUUCUUUGAUGCAAAUCGUGUUGGUGACCUGAUCUCCCGGCUGAGCUCUGAUACCAUCAUCGUGGGAAAGAGUAUUACACAGAAUCUUUCAGAUGGUCUACGAGCAGCCGUCAGCGGUGCAGCCGGAUUCGGUAUGAUGGCGUAUGUCAGCUUGAAGCUCUCAAGCGUUUUGGCCCUUCUUUUCCCACCAAUUGCUAUUGCAGCUUUCUUCUACGGACGAGCGAUCCGUAACCUCAGCCGGAAGAUACAGAAGAACGUUGGCACACUAACCAAAAUUGCAGAAGAACGGCUUGGUAAUGUUAAAACAAGUCAGUCCUUCGCCGGUGAGAUCUUGGAAGUUCAUCGAUACAAUCGCCAGGUCAAGCGGAUUUUUGAGCUUGGUAAGAAAGAGUCGUUCAUCAGUGCGACCUUCUUCAGUGGUACAAGCUUAAUGGGAAAUGCUACGAUCCUUGCUCUCCUCUACGUCGGCGGUGGGAUGGUUCAAUCACAAGCAAUUUCAAUCGGAGAACUCACUUCCUUUUUAAUGUACACAGCAUACGCUGGAUCCAGUCUUUUUGGCUUAUCGAGUUUCUAUUCAGAGCUCAUGAAGGGAGCAGGUGCUGCCAGUCGCUUGUUCGAGUUACAAGACCGCAGGCCUAAGAUAUCCCCUACUGUGGGUGACAAGGUGACCUCAGCUCGUGGACCCAUUACAUUCAAGAAUGUUGCAUUUAGCUACCCUACUCGACCUGCGGUUACUAUUUUCAAGGACUUAGAUUUCGAGAUACCGCAGGGUAGCAAUGUGGCUAUCGUUGGACCUUCGGGCGGUGGGAAAUCCACCAUUGCGUCUUUGUUACUUCGAUUCUAUAACCCAACACAGGGCCAGGUCUUGAUCAACGGCAAAGAUGUUGCAACCAUGAACGCAAAGUCUCUCCGGAGGAAGAUCGGAAUCGUUGCACAAGAACCAGUGUUGUUUUCUGGCUCCAUUGCCGAGAAUAUCAGCUAUGGAAAACCCGAUGCCACGAGGUCUCAGAUAAUUGCUGCUGCCCGCAAGGCAAACUGCCAGUUCAUCAGUGAUUUCCCUGAUGGAUUGGACACCAAUGUUGGCCCCAAAGGAGCGCAGCUAUCCGGUGGCCAAAAGCAGAGAAUUGCCAUUGCUCGUGCUCUUAUCAAGGAACCAGAUAUUCUCAUUCUCGAUGAAGCCACUUCCGCACUUGAUGCAGAAUCCGAAACCCUCGUUAACAGUGCUCUUGCAGCUUUGCUCCGCGAGAACAACACCACUAUCAGCAUAGCUCAUCGCUUGUCAACUAUCAAACGAUCUGAUACCAUCAUCGUUCUUGACUCAGAGGGCAAAGUUGCUGAAAUGGGAUCUUACAACGAUCUCAAUUCAAGGCCAGAUGGCGCCUUCACAAAGUUGAUGGCCUGGCAGCUCAGCGGCGGUGAAGGCGUUGCUGCUCCCGUUUACCCCAACGAGCCAAUCUCCAGAGGACCGCCAUCAGAAACAGAGCAUCUGCAGCAGUUGCUACAUGAAGGCGAAGAUGAAGAGUACUACGAAGUCGAGACCGAAGAUGAGCCCAAUUCGAUUGAUGAAGUUGAAAAGAAAUAG